UCAGCUAAAACCUAUAUAAACAACACAUCCUGAUUAGAAUCAGGCUCCUCAGAAUUCAAAGCGGAAAAAGUUUUUAAUCGGAUUAUUGGAUAUGGAUUCUGCGAGGCCACCUCACUCUUGCAUACCUCUUGUUUCAAGGCUGGAUCAUUUGGAUUUUAUCAUGAAACGUUUAGAAAGCAAGCAAGAUUUGGCGAAAUGGGGGAGCAUGAGAAGUACAGUUAGAGGAGAGGCGGGGGAGAUUCUGCCAUUGGAUUUGGCAGUGAGGGAGGGUAACUCCACAGGGUCUCUGAUAGACCGGGUGGCGACCCUUGAACAACGUCUUCUUCAGCUAUGCCUCGAAAUGGAUUCGAGCAGCAGCUCACGCACUUCUGGGGAAAAAUCAUCGAGCCAAGAAUCCAAACGAGAAUUAGUGUCGGGUCCAUCAUCCUCCACAUUCUUUGGCAUCUCCAACCGCAAAACAAGGAACCCGCCUCAACUUCAUCAAAAUUUGUCUGCAAUCCAGGAAGAGGGGAAAUCCGAUACCGUUCCACAGCAGCAAAAGAUUAAACACUCAGGUCCUGGCAAGCUCAAGCUUGGAAAGAGCAAGAUUGCUAGCGAUAACAAGAAGAGAACAUCCAAGCUCGUCGGAAGAAAGGACAAGCCUCGCAAUUGGCCACUACUGAGCUUGUUGGGCUGUUGAUGCACCAAUCAUAUGUUUCUUAUUCAUGUCAUUCUCUGUUAUUUUAACGAGCUUUUUCUCUAGGAAAGUGGAUCCGCAGAUUUUAA